CCAAAGCAUAAAAUUGUAUAAUCUGGGUGUGCAGGAACAAAUGUAUAAGUGACCUAGACUUUUCAUUCAAGCAGUCUCCAUGAACAACUUGAAUGAUCCUCCCAGAUGGAACAUCCAACCAGACCCCAGAGGAAGGGGGGCGGGCGCCAGUGAUGGUAACCAAUGGAACUAUGCCCUGCUGGUCCCUAUGCUCGGACUGGCUGCAUUUCGUUGGAUCUGGACCAGAGAGUCUCAGAGGGAGAUCCAGAAUGUCAAAGCCCAGUAUAACAAGGAUGUGUCCAUAAUAAAAAGUGAGAUGGAGGCACGGUACCGGGAGACACUGACAGAGAGGCGCAAGGCAGCUGCUAUACUAGAGCUAGAGCUGGAAAAGGAGAGACAGAGGGUGAAAGGGUAUAAGCAGGCUCUGAUCUCACAGAGCCAGCAGCUGAUGGAAGAGCGAAAACAGCUACAACAGGAGCGAGAGACCUUGGUGGAAGAGAAGCAAAGGCUGGUGAAGUCCGGAGCUGCAGGUGCUGUGCUCCAUCAUGCCCUGGAACGAGAACAAGGCUGGUGCCAACGAGCCACAGCCACUUUGAAAGAACUUGAGGGUCUGCUUGUGGAGCGCCAGAAUGCAUACUGUUCCCUCAUCCAGCCUCGAGAUCAGCGACUGGAGAUGGAGAAGAACAUGCUGCUAAAGGUCGUCAAAGAUCCCAUCGGGGCAGAACUAGAUCUAGAGUCCGACCUGAGGGAUAUUUUUAAGAGAGAUAAGCACUGUGCAGAUGUGCUAAACAUGGACAAGAGGAAGAACGGAAGCCUAAUGUGGGUGUAUCUCAAGUACUGGCAGCUGCAGGUCACUGUCCAAAAACACAAGAGAGCUGAGGAAGCCUUAUUAGGAGGGAAAAUCCAGUCUCACACAAAGUGACAAAAGACAUAGAUGAGCUGGUGUUUUUCAUUUGACUUAGAAUCUUUAAAGUAUGUGGAUCAGGAAUGGAAAAUGCAUGUAUUUUUCACUCUAAGUAAUUAUCUUUACUUGAUAGAGAUGUUAUGGAAACACACAAGGUCAUCUCAAUAAGAUAAUGUUAAGCAUCUGAAAGCUCCAUCCUUGAUCUUCAGAGAAAAGAAGAGAACAGGUUUGUCAGGUUUACAAUAUAACUAUAGCUUCAGAAGCCCCAUAUAAGACUCAUUAGCUUUAAAUUAACUCGGGGAAAACUUAUAAUGUUAAAUAUGCAUUAGGAUCAUUCUAGUAAUAUCCAUAUUGGAUACUCAAUUAAUGGUUAGUGACAUAUACAAAUUUGUUUAUUCCAUUUAUCCCCUUGGAAAAUAUUGUCAGAAAAUCUGUGUUAAUGUAACUUACAUUCUCUGAGUGCCAUGAAUUACUGUUAGGUGAGUGUACUGUAUGUCCGGACAUUGACUUUUUUUUUUUGUUCUCUCUGUUUUGGGUAUGGACUGAUUGCUUACGAAACCUGUUCACCUUGUCCCAUGUUCUUAUACACACUGCUGAAAGAAACACUCUUUCUCAUCAAGAAAUUAUUUAAAUAAUAUAAUUUAUUACUAAGGGCACUCACAGAGCGCAGACUUCAGCUAAGGCCAAUGUGAAACUGCACACACCAGACCAUAAAAUCGAAUUAAUUGUAAAUGAUCUGAUCUGCCCCAAAAUUUAAUGGGUUCUUCCUUGGUUGGAAAAAUUAAAAACAAAUACAUUGAAUAAAAAAACAAACACAGGUGAGAUCAUAACUUGUUUGGUGGAGGUAAAAACACUGUUAAAGUAAAACAGCCAUGAAUCCAAAUACACUGUCAACACAAUUAAUAUGGGACAGUCAUUGAAGUCUUUUAUUUCCAUGGAAUGUGUUGAUACUUGGCUCUAAUAUGUUGAUGGCCUAUCGUGGGAGACAUUGAUAAAGAUAACAGUGGGAAUUACUUUGUUUUUACCAACCCCUCUGUCCAUGGAGUUUCCUCCAUCUAUUUACAGUCUGCAUGUUGCCAUUUAUGAUACAGUACAAGGCCUAAAGCUUAUAGAAUAGUUUGACUGUUUCUCAUCACUGGUUCCAAGUUUCUAGCCUUCAGUCUGGUUUUGUGGGAGCCUCAUAAUGAGCGCGAAGGAGACAGGACUAUUGCAGGUGCAUGUGAAUGUAAAUUAGAGGAAAGAGCAAAAGAGUAGUGCUUAGUGCUGCAACAUCUUAUCAGAUUACUACAACAACAACAACAACAACAACAAGAAACUCUUUCAUUCACACCUCACACCUGUAGCCGAAGGAUUAUAUAAAUCUAUAGCAUUUUUAUUUGGUUAUCAAACCUUGUUGCACUGUUUUGUUUUGAUAUCUUGGUGAAUAAGUGCUGGAUGUAAUGCCACUAACCACUGUGUGCAAUCCUUCAAAUACACUUUUGGUUGAAAAACUUCA